CAACAAUAUUAUUACUUGUAGUUGUUUGGUAAACCACUAAACUAAAAAUUAGUUUCGACGUUCUCUUGAAAAGAAAACAAAAGCCGUCAGCGGACAUAAAGAUGAAUACCUGUUUCCAACUAACUUCUCUUUUGCUUCUUGUCGCCGCAUUUCUCUCUGAUCACCAGGUGAAUUGUAAAUGUAGCUCUUCCAUCGCCGACACAGAUUGGGCAGCUUGUCUUGUUGCAGAAAAUGGAGAGUGCCCCAACAAUUUCAUCAAACUUGACGAUGACGGUCUAUGUGCACCAAAUAGCCAGAGGACCCCAAAAUGGAAGGACCGGGUGUGCUGCCUCAUGACCCCAAGUUUGGAUUUUAAGAUUAAGGAUUCACCUUGUCUAGCGGGAAGUCCAGCGAGUAAUGACGAGGCAAAGAGGACUCGUAAACAUCACUGACUUUGUCAAAAACAAAACCCUUACUUUAAUUUGUUUCAUUACCAAUAAAAACAG